AUGCCGGGUUAUAACAGGAAGUGGAACCCGGAGGAGGACGACUGGCCAGCGCGGUCUAUCACAUUUGAGCGCUUGACCGAGAGGCUGGAUAGGAAAUUACCCAAACACGCAGAACCGACAGCCAUCCACCGAGAGCAGGUCAUGGGAACCGAUGAGUAUCCAGUUCCCUCAACUCACUGGAUCUGGAAUUGGCAGGGCAAGUCAAUCUCUCUCAACACGGUCAAGGGCGUCGAAAAGAUCUGCCGCGAGGAGGCGGAGCGCAUUGGUUUCAAAUGCGUUAUCAUUCGGUCGGGCGUUCACGCUAAGACCAACCAAUACGCCGAAGAUGGCACCGUCUUAACUGAGUACAAUGCGAGGACAGGCACUUACACCAAUGUUGUUGCGGACGAUGAUCCGCAUAUUACAGUUUACAUGGGUUUUGGCUUGGACCAGCUGAUGGUCCUGGCGCCGAAUACUUGA